GUAAUAAACUAGAAAUCGUGCCUUUCUUUCUCGUCUUCACCGCCAGAGGCACCAUCCUUAAUCAUCACAGUUGGUAUGCAGGAAGCGCAUGCUCUGUAACCAAUCAGAGACCCGAGAUUGUAGCUCACAGUUUAUCGCGAGACCUCAGCUCUUCCUUUUCCCUUUUCGCUGUGUCCAAGAUGGGAGUUGACAUCAGACAUAACAAGGACCGUAAGGUGCACAGGAAAGAACCAAAGAGCCAGGAUAUUUAUCUGAGGCUCCUGGUCAAGUUGUACAGGUUCCUGGCCCGCCGUUCUAAUGCUCCCUUCAACAAGGUCGUCCUGAGGAGGCUCUUCAUGAGCAGGACCAACAGGCCACCCAUCUCCAUCUCCCGUCUGAUCCGGAAGAUGAAGAUGGCUGGCCGUGAAAACAGAACCGCUGUUGUUGUGGGAACAGUCACUGAUGAUGUCAGGAUUCAGGAUAUCCCCAAGCUCAAGAUCUGUGCUCUGAGGGUCACUGAUGGUGCCCGCCGCAAGAUCCUGAAGUCAGGUGGUCAGGUGAUGACCUUUGACCAGCUGGCUUUGGCUUCUCCAAAAGGACAGGGCACAGUGCUGCUGUCAGGACCCCGCAAAGGACGAGAGGUGUACAGGCACUUUGGAAAAGCCCCUGGAACUCCUCACAGCCACACCAAGCCCUACAUCCGCUCCAAGGGCAGGAAGUUCGAGAGAGCUCGUGGCCGCAGAGCCAGCCGUGGCUACAAGAACUAGUCUGUGUCUUUGUUUUCCAUGCAAUCUGAUACGAAUAAAAGAUAGACUGUACAAAAAUGA